AUGAAGCCCGUCACCCUCGAUUCCCCCGGCCGCGAUCUCUGUCUUUUCCCCCGCCGUGCGGUUUCGACAGCGGCCGGCCGUCUGUUUGCGGGAGAAUGCCGCGACCCAGGAAACCCGGUGCGCCUGAGCCGAAGAGACGAAGUAGAAAUGGCUGCUGGUUGGUGUUACCUCCUUUCCCUUGUCAAUAUUUGCCGUGGUUCCUGGCAGCGGAGACCUGCUCGUUUUCUGAUCUUCUCCGACGCUUAUGCUGAUUUUGUGCUCGCUGGAGGCCGUGUAAGGCUAGAAAGUGGUGAAGAGAAACCGACGUGCGCCAAUUGUCGACGACAGGGCGAGACGUGCGACUACAGCAUUCGCUUGAACUGGGAAGGAAGAGUGAAAAGGAAGCCUGUCAGUGCGUCGCAGGCGGGAUCACUGGUGCAAAUCGCUCCGGGGAAUGAUGCCUCUUCGACAUCCAAUAUCCAACUGGCGGAGUCGACCCGGCGUCACAGCGAUGCCCGAUCAUGCGCUGGAAGUCACACGCAACAUGGCUCGCUCGCAGAGAAGAACCCGAGUUUUGCCUCUGGUUUUAAUGCACAGCCUGCUGGAUCGAUCUCUACGACGACGACACCGGUUCUUUCCCAGCCAUAUUCGAAUCCCUCCUCUGCGCAGAGCAACCCGUCCCCUUCCACCGGAAAUUUCCCUAGAGAUGAUGCAACCUGGUCGCAAACCCGGCUCUCCCCAUAUCCCUCCCCAUCUGACUCGGCGAUGGCAAGCCCUGGGAUCGCCCCAUUCCAGCCGACAAGCGGUCCUGCGCCGUUUUCCCAUUUCCAGAACUCGUUUAGCCCGUCUCCUAUCUAUGCAGGAAGGGCUCUGGAUACGGAGGCCCGUCAUGAUGCUAAACGGGUGAAAAUCACUACCCAUGGACCUCACGAGCCGGGCGCGCUUACGGCAAGAUAUCGGCUUCGGCUGGCCUCGAGUGCACACGGAACGAGCCAUAGUCCAGGGCGAAUUAUCUGCUCCCCUACCUCCGAUUUAUCAGAUACCACUUCUGAAGAGGCCUACCAGCCAUUGCAGCCGCUGAGCCCUCAUAUUUCAGACACACGCGCAAGCCUCCACCGCGUUUCAGUCCAGUCACUGUUAUCUCACUCGAUCGGUGAUGUGCGGUUGGCGGACGUUGACAUCCACCCGCAGACCAGCACUACUCUAUCAACCGUCAGGGUUACGGCAUUGAAUGAAACCACCGUUGGUUACGGCUUUGAUUGUGGCCGCUUUGACCUCGACAUCAAUCGAAAUGACGACUCCACGGCAAUUGAAUACGAUAUCACGGAACAGCCCUCUGCCCCCUGGAGCCUUCCCGCGAUAUCGGGAUGGGCGAAUUCGGGGCGCGAUACUCAAAAACGGGUAACAGCCGUUUUCACAAAGGGAGGAUACUACGCGAGACCGGUUCCCAUUAAUAUCCCACGUUAUCUGAUCCCGCUGCCAUCGGCAUUAUUGGAAAACCCCAUCAAUCUAUUAUACUUUUAUCAUUUCUUAAACCACACUUCGAAGAUCUUGGUCCCGCAUGACUGCUCGAAUAAUCCAUUCUCCAACGUCUUACCAGCUAUGGCUAUACAAGAUACCAACCUCUUAAAGCUCUUGCUCGCGUACUCCGCCAGCCAUCGAGCUCGUCUUCUUGGGCAUGCGGAACCAUAUAAUCGUAUCGCGCAUUGGACUCGUCAUGUAUUUCCGCAACUUCGUCAUGCGCUAGAUGACUCCAAUGAGAAGAUUUCAGAUACAAACCUUGCAAGUGCGAUAAUGCUCGCCUCGCUCAAAAUAAUAUCUCCCAGCACAUUUGAGGUCCCAAUCCCUUGGGAAAGUUAUUUAAACCUCGCUCGCGGACUAUUCCUGGCCAGGAAACAGAUGCAGAUAAAAUACUCGUCGGAUCAAGUAGAGUUUUUCCUAUGUCGCUGGCUCGGGUAUCUGGAUAUCCUAGGCAGCUUAUCUUCACGGCAAACAGAGCCUCCGCUGCUUGGUGGAAACUACUGGUCCACGGUCGCUCUUGAUGAUGCCCGGAAUCCUGGGAGCGACCUUGAGAUUGACUGCUUUACGGGAUUCACUUUGGAAUGCCGCUCGCUCCUUGUUCGUCUAGCAGAGUUGAUUCAUCGAUGUGACGCUUACCGGGUGGAUCCUGGCACGGAUCGUUUCCUUUCAGUGUUGACACUACCACCAUCCAUCCUCGCUGCAGCUGAGGGGCUACUUCGUGACAUGACUGCUGCGGGUUCAAACAGUCGCGAUCGACGCACGCACCACGGAGUGUUAGAGCAUAGCGAUAUGGCGGCGUUGGAUGAUUCAUACCGCCUCGCGGGAAUCGUUCAGCUAUACAGACGGGUCUUUUCCCUCAGUCAUUCUGACCCUAAGGUGGUAGAGUCGGUCAAUUUGCUGAUCGAGUCACUGGACCAUGUGCCACGCGGCGGUGCCACAGAAGUGUGUGCGCUGUUACCGUUAUUCACAGUUGGGUGUGAGACGCAGGAUCCGGCGCAGAGACAGGCGAUCCGGGCCCGAUUUAAGGGGUUUGAAGGGGUAGGGAUGAAGCAGAUUCGACGAGCGCGCAAGUUGAUGCAGCGAUCAUGGCAAGAGAAUUUGCCUUGGACUGUGCUUGCUAACGGGGAAUUCCUCGGCUGA